AUGGCCUCAGAAAAGUCGGCUGAGCAUGCUCAUAUUGAGAAGCUCAUCACCAACAAUCUACCAGGCAGUCCCAUCUAUGCCUUCCUGCUCACUCCAGUGCGUGUCGUCUCGGCGUCCAAGGGACAUGUGCUAUGCCGCUUGCCCUUGACCCAGAAUCACAUGAACUCAAAAGGAGGCAUCCAUGGCUCGGUUUCUGCCACCAUCGUAGACUGGAUGGGCGGUAUGGCUAUUGCUUCGUGGGACUUGCGCGAGAAGACUGGUGUCAGUGUCGACAUUCAUGUCACCUACCAGAGUUCUGCCAAGGAAGGUGACGAGAUAGAGAUCGAGGGUAUCGCCGACAAGGUCGGUGGGUCGUUGGCCUUUACCAAGGUCAAUAUCUUCAAAGUCCAGGACGACAAACUGGCUCUACCAUCCAUCUCUCACGUUUCAGCGCGCGGGUUCGACGACCAGUGGUAUCAACCAUCCAACAUCUUGCAAGCCACCUCGACUGCUGAGCGUUUGCCAGCCCUCUCCCAACUCCAGACCUUCCCGUCUGUGGGUUCAUCUCCAAGAGGAAGCUCCAUCACUUCAGCAGAGCCUGUUUGCGGCGCCGACACAGCUACCACCUACUCCUCCUCCUUCCACGGCGCAUACAGCACCGGCCUCAAGACACCCUCGCCCGACCACACCCCCGCCUAUCGCAGAGACAGUGUUCAAUCCGGACUGCACGGCCAAUCCAUCCCUAUCACGAGUUACGACCAUAACAGCACUUCUUGUAUCAGCAUGAAUCAGACCCAGCCUUACAUGGAUGUGAGCCAGAGCCACAUGUCUAGCAGCAUCCCCUCUUCGGCUCCUCCGUCAGGCCUUUCUCACUACGCCAACUACCACCAACCACAGCCCAUCUCGAGCCAGCCUCAUCCCUAUGGUUCAUCGCCUUCGUCGUACUCUCAAUACUACACCAAUGGCCUCGCUCCUCUCCACCACCCCUCGGCAGGUGGUUUGGGCUCCCAAAUGGUGCCUCAAUCGCAGUUACCUCUUCCUACACUUGCAAACAGUGUUUCGCCCAGCUCUGCUCAAGGACAGUACUCGGGUGCGACAUUUGACACCACAGGACAAGUUGCGCCUCCUGGCAUGAAGCCUAGAGUGACUGCUACACUCUGGGAAGACGAGGGAAGCCUUUGCUUCCAAGUCGAGGCAAAUGGUAUCUGUGUGGCAAGACGCGAAGAUAACCACAUGAUCAACGGAACAAAGUUGCUCAAUGUGGCUGGCAUGACUCGCGGUCGCCGCGAUGGUAUUCUCAAGAGCGAGAAGAACAGACAUGUGGUCAAGAUUGGACCCAUGCAUUUGAAGGGAGUCUGGAUCCCCUUUGAUCGCGCUCUUGAAUUUGCCAACAAGGAGAAGAUUACCGAAAAGCUUUAUCCUCUGUUCGUGCACAACAUUGGUGCUCUGCUCUAUCACCCCUCAAACAAUGCUAGACAGAGCAUUGGUGGUGCUACUUCGGUGGUUCCUGGUGACCGCAGACGCCCCGAGGACUAUAUGAGAGCGCCUGUAAGCCAGCCGCCCACUAUGCCUCAUGCGCAUUCCAUGGCCAUGCCUCAGCCGCCGCAUUCGCUCGCGCCUCACCCGAACGCUGGAAGACCCAAUCUCGACAGGGCUCACACUUUCCCCACUCCUCCUACCAGUGCCUCCAGCAUGAUGGGAAUUGGUAGCUCGGAAGGCUCCUACCAGUGGAGCGCCCAGCCCCCUUCGACUAUGCAGCAACAGCAACCUUCUCAACAGGCCCUUGCCAUUGACACCAACAUGAACAACGCGAGAUCUGUGCCUACUACUCCUGCCACCACCCCUCCAGGAAGUGCUAUGCACAGCAUGCCCCCUUACCAGACCAGUCAAGCAUACGAUGGUGCUCGCCAACUUUAUUCGGCCCCCUCCCAGCAGCCGCCUCAGUAUGGUCCCCGCUAUGGUCAGCUCCAGCCCAGCCCUUACAUUAAGAAUGAAAUGGCUCCUCCCGCUCGCGGCGGUGCUGAAGCCGACCACGCCGUAGAUCAGAAGCCUCAGGACGGUUACGCUAACCACAACUCUGCACACGACGAUGCCGAGGGUGAGCACGAGGGUGAAUACACUCACGCCUCUGGUCCUUACGGUGGAAACCGUGCUUCAUACGCAUAUGCCACGCCUGCCACAACUGCAUCUCUGCACAGUGAUCAGACACAUAUGUCUUCGGACAUGACUGGCUCGCCUCACCACAAGGCCUCUGGCGGUGCAACUCCUCGUACGACCAACAGCUACCACGCUGGAUACUCUACUCCCCAGCGCCCUCAACAGCUCCAGUCCAACUUGUUCAGCGUUAUGAGUGACAACCGCAAUGCACCCAACGGUUCCGAAAUCUACGGACAACCCAGCCACGCCUACGGGUCUCAAGGAUAUCCUGGUGUGAACGGCAUGCAAAAGCGUAUGCGCGACGACGACGUCGAAGAUCGCUAUAACGAAGACUCGGACGGCCUCAAGCGAAGAAAGACCGUCCGCGAAGGCAGUGCUGGAAUCGGGCGCCCUCGCUCCGUUCUCGCCGGACACCGAUGA